CCGCGGCACUGGGGACGUGCUCCCUGGGAAGAGGCUCCUUGUCGGUCUUUCAGCCUGCAGGCCAAGGCAGGCUGCCACCUGGGUUGAAGCCUCCAUGUUUUGGGGGUCUGCUCCUUUGCGGAAUAAGCAGCCAAGUGCAGCCUGUUGGGGCCUGGCCACCUCAGUCUGCUUUGCCCCACGACCGAGACAGGACAGCAUAGCUGAGAGUUGGAGGCCCCUUGGCUGAAGGCCUGGCCACGAAGUCCCGUUUGAGUUUGCAAUGACACACGGUGGAAACCAACAACGGGACGGUGUGAACAAGCAGACUUGCUAGGGAGUGCGCCCCAACAGCCGUCACGCGGGAAUGGGCCAGGGGCAGAACCGCGGUGUAAAAUGGUUCACAAAGCAAAUCCGUUCCUUCUGGCAAACGAUGCCUCAUUUUUUCUUUCUGUGUUUGGGCAGGUUAAGUAUUGCUGUGGUAAAAUCAGUUUUCUCUCUACUUCUCACUGAGAAACACCAGGUUUUUUUCAUGACCAAAGAUCUGUUGCUGUUCUGCUGAUAUUACCUCAUUAAAGUUUGCAGGUCAAAAUGUCUCAGACAGAAAAUAGUUAGGCUCACAAAAUACAUCAUCCUAUCUUGUCUCUAGCAUUUCAGUAUUCAAAAUGGAUAAGUGUAAACACGUAGGAAGGCUGCGGCUUGCCCAAGACCAUUCCAUCCUGAACCCUCAGAAAUGGCAUUGUGUGGACUGCAAUACUACAGAAUCUGUAUGGGCAUGCCUCAGCUGUUCCCAUGUGGCAUGUGGAAGAUAUAUUGAAGAGCAUGCACUAAAGCACUUUCAGGAAAGUAGUCAUCCUGUGGCAUUGGAAGUAAAUGAGCUGUAUGUUUUUUGUUAUCUUUGUGAUGACUACGUUCUGAAUGAUAAUGCCACUGGUGACUUAAAACUGUUGAGAAGUACAUUAAGUGCAAUCAAGAGUCAAAACUAUGACUGCACUACCCGUAGCGGCCGGACUUUGCGAUCCAUGGGAGCAAGUGAUGAUUCGUACCUUUCACGUGAUUGUGCCCAAGCUUUGCUUCGUAAUGAAGACCGCAUGUUCACGGCUUUGUGGCACAGGAGGCGUUCGUUAAUGGGCAAAGUAUUCAGAACAUGGUUUGAGCUAACGCCUACUGGAAAAAGGAUUUUGGAAGAAGAAAGGCAUCGGGAAGAGGCAGAGGAAAAGAGGGAUAGAGCUCGGAAGAGAAGACAAGAGCGAAAGCGUCGGUUGAAAGCAGAGAUGGAAAAAAUGCCUCCAAGAAAGAGUACUCGUUUACAAAAUCGAAGUCAAAUCUCAAAAGUACCAUCCUGUGUACAAAAAGUACAAUAUGAUCUGGACUUGCCUGCAGAGCUGAAAGGAACACAUACCUCAGAUGAAGUAAAACUGAAAAAAAUCAGUGACUCCCCAAUUAAACGAAGGCCUACGGUGACUCCUGGUGUAACAGGACUGAGAAACUUGGGAAAUACGUGCUACAUGAACUCUAUUCUGCAAGUACUGAGUCAUUUACUUAUUUUUCGGCAAUGUUUUUUAAAGCUUGAUUGGAGCCAAACUCAGGAGUUGCUGGCAACAGCAGUCAAUGGUAAAACAAGGUCUUCUAAGAAGUACCCUCUGGUUAUUGGCUCUGUGUUUCAUGUGAAUGAGAAUCAAGAGAAGGUGAAAGGCUCAUCUUCAAGGCGAUCUAGUUUAUCCUCUGGACUAAGUGGGGGGGCAUCAAAAAGUAGAAAUAUGGAACUUAUACAGCCCAAGGAGCCAAGCUCAGAGCACAUAUCUCUUUGUCAUGAACUACAUACUCUGUUCCAAGUUAUGUGGUCUGGCAAGUGGGCACUGGUAUCUCCUUUUGCAAUGCUCCAUUCUGUUUGGAGAUUAAUCCCAGCUUUCCGAGGUUAUGCCCAACAAGAUGCUCAGGAAUUCCUCUGUGAACUUUUAGAUAAAGUACAGCAGGAACUGGAAACCACUGGGACCAGAUACCCAGCUCUCAUCCCUGCUUCUCAAAGGAAACUUAUGAAACAGGUUCUGAAUGUGGUCAAUACCAUUUUUCAUGGACAGCUUUUAAGUCAGGUUACAUGUCUCGCUUGUGACAAUAAAUCAAAUACUAUAGAACCAUUCUGGGAUCUGUCACUGGAGUUUCCUGAGAGGUACCACUGCAAUGAGAAAGAGAUGGCAUCUCAGCACCCCUGUUUGCUAACAGAAAUGUUGGCCAAGUUUACAGAGACUGAAGCUUUAGAAGGAAAGAUAUAUGCGUGUGAUCAGUGCAACACAAAACGCAGGAAGUUUUCUUCCAAACCAGUAACACUCUCAGAAGCCCAGAAACAGCUUAUGGUAUGUCAACUACCUCAAGUUCUAAGACUACACCUUAAACGAUUCAGGUGGUCAGGACGCAAUCAUCGAGAGAAGAUUGGUGUACAUGUUAGCUUUGAUCAGAUACUAAAUAUGGAGCCCUACUGCUGCAGAGAAUCCCUCAAGUCCCUCUUACCCGACUGCUUUAUCUAUGACUUGUCUGCUGUGGUAAUGCAUCAUGGGAAAGGAUUUGGCUCAGGGCACUAUACUGCCUACUGCUAUAACUCAGAAGGAGGAUUUUGGGUACACUGCAAUGAUUCCAAGCUCAACAUAUGCACUAUGGGAGAAGUACGCAAGACUCAAGCUUACAUCUUGUUUUACAGCCAGCGAGUUACUCAGGCAAAUGGACACUAUAAAGUACCAUGUCCUAUCUCACCAUCUGAAAGCCAGGAGCAUACAGAAUUUGACCAUCUGAAAGAACACAGUAGCAGCUAAUCCCAAGCCAAUAUGCCAUGUACAGUAAGAGUUUAGAUUGUCAUAAAUUGCAUAUAUUUUUAAAGAAAAUUCAAGUACAGUAUUGAUUUUUUUUUUACUUUGUCUUAAUCAUUGUACACUAUGUUUUACACUUUUGUACUAGCUAAAGCAAGCACUCUAUUAGUAUAAAUUUAUAUGGACAGUAGGUAACUUUCAAAGUACCUAAAAUUUCUAUAUAGCUAUUUUUUUAAGAAGUAAUUGCAAUUUGAAUUUAACUCUUACCUCAGGCUAUUUUUAAGUUCUGUUUUUAUAUUUUUAUAAUCUUUGAAUUGGUUUAGAAAAAAAUGAAUCUCGAUUUACAACUGAUUUGUCUAAUUCUGGUUAUUUUUCUAUAUAUUUUUGUACAUUUUAUAGGAUAGUUCUUACAGUAUAUUGAUUCUUACUGUCUACAGGCAUUAGUAUAAUUCUUAAUAGUUAACAUUUUACCAACAAAGAGUUUCUAGCAAAUACCAGAUAGAAGCAACUGUUCUUUAAAUUAUUAGGAUUCCCCUGCCUCCCAGAACACCCCUUCCCCAAAAAUCUCUCAUAAGUAAUGGAUAACUUGGUCCUCACCAUUUUCCCCACUGGUGCCUGUGAAACAAUAUUGAAAAGAAAGAUGCCUACAAAUUCAUGUCUGAUUUUAAAUUUUACUCUUAAAAAAUUUCAGAGGGAAACAAUAGCUCGUGCUUAUUUACACAACAGUGUAUUUUCUGAAAACGGGGGUGGGGGAAGCAGAAGUUACUAGGAUUUUGGCUGAAAUUAAGGGAUUGUAAAAUUAUUAAUUAGACAUCUAAACUCUAGGGAACAAGAUUCCUUAUCUAAAAUGGUUAAUCUUGUCAGUGAAGAAACGUGAGAAAAUCUUGGUAAGAGGUUAGGCUUCUAAAGCACAUAAAACUCAAAACAUUAUGGGCAUCUGUCUAUGCAUAUCCUCUGGGAGGAGUGGGGGUGCUUUAAUUAGAGCAGCUCUGAGGUGCUCUAAUUAAAGCACCUGCAGUUUAAUGUGUGUUCAGUGUCCCGCACUUCAAAAUGGUGUCAGGAGCACUUUAACUAAAGCUCAUUAAAUGAGCUUUAGUUAAAGCAGCCCUUCCGCCAUUGUGAAACAUGGGGAUGCUGAAUACACAUGAUGCAGAGGCUCCUGGAACACACUAGUUAGCAUGCUCCAGCAGACUCAAUCCUAGCAUGCUCCCAUGCAUGCUAAUUGGCACAUUCAGAGCAGGGCUUCAUCAUGUGUAUAGGUGCUCCACAUUUCCAGGUUUAAAACUGUUUAAACAUGGUAAAUUAACUGCACUAAAAUUGAAGUUGCAUAAAUGAUAUAGAGUGUAAUCUUCUACAUUUUGAUUUAUGCUUCAAUAUCUCUAACUUUCAUACUUUGUUUCAUUUUUCUUACUGCUAGUAUUAGUUUUCUGUGCAUUCAGGAGAAUUUACUGGGCCUGAAGCCUGUGCCUAAUAAAAAGUCAACUUUUCCUUUUAUUCUCUAGCUAAUGUCAAGAUUAGUUGUUUGUGGUGCAAGAUUAUUUCUCAUAAAACCUAUGCAAAUAGUUACCUCACCUGUUAGAAAAUUACCUCAAACACAUGCAUAUGUACAUACACACAGUGUGGAAAGCAACUGUUUUACUGAGAUUUAAAUUCUGAUUACUUGUAUCUAGUUUCAAUUAUAAAACAGCACCAGGUAUAAAUCAUCUUUAACUGGAAUAACUACUGAAGGAAAAUAAAGCAUUAAAACUGUAGGUAGGUAAAGAGCUCUCUGAAGCAUUGCACACUUUUCUUCUUCUACCACUGUCUGUAAAAUUAAUGGAUUAAAUAUGGUACCCUGAUGCUUCAA